CCAGUCUGCGCGCAAAAUUAUGCGCAAUGCAGCAUGCAAACAGGAGUUUGUUGUUUACGCCAUUUGUGGCAGUCGUAGUAUUGUGUUAUCUUUCUUUAUCGCAGUGAUAUAAUUGUCAUCCGUAUGUGUCUCUUGUAACGUGAACACCUAGGAUUAUUAACAUGUCGGCGAAUAAUGCAAAAAUACCAACGACGGAACGGGUCGUGAAAAGUGUCCCCUUUCCCCCUAGUCACAAGCUGACUCUGAGUGAGGUGUUUGACUCGAAGACGGGCAAGCCGAGGAUAGAUGCCCUGAAGCAGCACUUCAUCCUGGAGGGGCGGAUAGAGGAGGCGGCCGCCCUGCGCAUCAUCAACGAGGGCGCCACUCUCCUACGCCAGGAGAAGACCAUGAUUGACAUUGAGGCACCCGUCACAGUGUGCGGUGACAUCCACGGCCAGUUCUAUGACCUCAUGAAGCUGUUUGAGGUUGGCGGGCCCCCUGCCACCACCAAGUAUCUCUUCCUCGGAGACUACGUCGACCGGGGAUACUUUAGCAUAGAGUGUGUAUUAUACCUGUGGGCACUAAAAAUUUGCUAUUCAACAACUCUGUUUCUACUAAGAGGGAACCACGAGUGUAGGCAUUUAACAGAGUACUUCACCUUUAAAACUGAAUGUAAAAUAAAGUAUUCGGAGCGAGUGUAUGAUGCAUGCAUGGAAGCGUUUGACUGCCUGCCUCUAGCUGCCCUGAUGAACCAGCAGUUCCUUUGUGUGCACGGUGGCCUUUCUCCAGAGAUACACAACCUCGACGACAUCAAGAAGCUGGACAGGUUCAAGGAGCCCCCAGCGUUCGGUCCCAUGUGCGACCUGCUAUGGUCGGAUCCACUUGAAGACUUCGGCAAUGAGAAGAAUGCGGAGCAUUUUAGUCACAAUAGUGUUCGUGGUUGCUCAUAUUUCUAUAGCUAUGCAGCAUGUUGUGAGUUUCUCCAGCAGAACAACCUUCUGUCCAUCAUUCGCGCCCACGAGGCUCAGGACGCAGGGUACAGGAUGUACCGAAAGAGCCAGACCACAGGGUUUCCGUCGCUCAUCACCAUAUUCUCGGCACCAAACUACCUGGACGUCUACAACAACAAGGCGGCUGUGCUGAAGUACGAGAACAAUGUGAUGAACAUCCGGCAGUUCAACUGCUCGCCACACCCGUACUGGCUGCCCAACUUCAUGGAUGUCUUCACUUGGUCCCUCCCCUUUGUGGGAGAAAAAGUGACGGAAAUGUUGGUCAACGUCCUGAACAUCUGCUCGGACGACGAACUGAUGACGGAAGGAGACGACACUUUCGAGGCCUAUUCACUGUCCCUAGGUCUGUCCUCAGGACCUGAAUCUCAGGAGGAUAGUGGAGCAGCGAGCGCUCGAAAAGAAGUUAUUAGAAAUAAAAUCCGUGCUAUUGGCAAGAUGGCCCGUGUCUUCUCGGUGCUGAGGGAAGAAAGCGAAAGCGUUCUUCAGCUUAAAGGACUCACGCCCACUGGGACCCUGCCACUGGGGGCCCUGUCCGGGGGAAAAACUUCCCUGCGCAAUGCCCUGGCAGGCUUCUCGCCGCACCACAAGAUCACCAGCUUCGAGGAGGCCAAGGGACUGGACAAGAUCAACGAGCGCAUGCCCCCCCGCAGGGACGCCCCGCUCUCGGGAGGUGGGGGCGGAGGGGGGCCCUCGUCCCCGCAGCAGGCGGACGAGCGCAGCAAUUCGGCCGGGUCCUGAAGCCCCGGGCAGGCUCUCAGAACCCACCCACACUCACGCCCCCUCUUGCCCCCUCCCCCCUCCCUCCCUCCCUGGACGACAAGAGAGGCUCUCCACCAGCCCACCCCCACCCUCCGCCGCAGAUGCGUUCGUUUCUUCCGGUCCCUUCGGCACCCUCGUCGCAAGUGCCGGUGCCGCCGCAGACCUUCCUCUCGUCGUGGUGCCGGCCGCCACUCCGCUGUCCAUCCGGCGCCCGGUCUCCCUCGCAGAAACUGUUCACCCGAGGACGUGGGAAACUCUUCAAAAGUGCCCCUGCCUUGCCGAAGAGCGGCGCCCAUGUCCGUCGCCGUUGUCGCCAUUUGGGCGCCGAAGAAUUGCUCGGAGCGUCUUGCUUUUGGUCGGUUCUUUUUAUUACAGGGGAGGCGACAAUCUCCGAAAGACGGGUGCACGCGAACCGCGAUGAAACAAGCCCGGUCUUUGUAGGAACCAGCGGAGUCAAAAAUGAAAGCAAGCUAAAUACUCCCAAAUUUUGGUCGCCGACAGCGGUUGGCAUCCCCUUCUGUUCCCUUUUGUUGGGUUGGUUUUCGAUCUACCUCCGCAGUUCUUUGUUUUUCUACACGGGCUCCCCUUUCUCUCGCACUGCCCGCCUUCUUCGUCGCCUCAACUGCCGGCUCUCGGAGGCGCAUGCAUGCGGCACCGAGUCGCAACGAGGGUAGAAACCCGACCGUCACCCAUUCGCUCUUCUCCCCUUCUUUUCGUUUUUCAAGGAAGGAGGGGUAACCUUCGCGAAGCUGCCUGCCCAGUUGGAUUGGAGGGUUUUGCGGCAGAGCAGCACGCGCCUUUUUUCAUCCACUUUUUUCUGGUUUUUUGGAUGUGUCGUUUGAAAUCGAACGUGUUUUCCGUGCAUGCGUGUGUCCGCGUUUCUGCCAUUCGAGCGUGCGUGGGGUGGUAUGGUGGAGACAUACAAAUGGGAGGGAGGGAGGGAGGGAGGGGCUGGGGAGAGGGAAUGGCGCGAGAACUACGCAUGCAGCACACUCCUUCGUCUUCUGCGUGAAUCUCUGCGAAGGGGGUGGUGGAAAGAAGCACCGACGCGCACGGGUGGCACACUUUUCUCAUCGAAACGCCGGCGUCGUGGCGCGUCUGGGAAGAGCUCUGGCGCCAUGCAAAUGUUCCUCAAAACACUUGUUUCUGGCCGUUUUCUUUUUUUUUUUCACUCAUGCUUGUUUUGUUUUUGCAUUCUUUUCUCAAGAUGCUGCGUUAGAUGUAAAUUAUUUUGUUUGCUUUUUUUUUUUUUUUUUUGGUCUUUGUUUGUUUUAGAUUUUUAGUCUGGUUGGUUUCUUCUCAUACCUUGCCACAGGUGCAGACACCUGGGCGAGAGUGUUCGCUGGCCCCGUGUCAUCUCUUGCUUUACGGCGUGUAGCAAGUCCCUAUGUUUGAAGGGCAUUUCUAGGUUUCCAAAUGUCCUCGUUUGCCGAUGCUCGUCGCCCCCCUUUUCUGUCAUUCUCGUUGCUUUCUGUUUUUCACAUAUCGUUUCGUUGUCCCGCCUUUCUCGCGCAGCUUGUGUCCAAAUGAUGUCAAAACUUCUUUUUUUGGGGGGAGGGGGGUGGGGCGGGAAUUUUGUGUUGUCAUGCAGCGUAGCCGAGCACCCACUAGGCACUGUGACGCGCUUAAAACGCGACUGGACGCGUGAACUGCCGCAACCUUUUUGAACACGUCUCGCACGCUAAAAGAAAAAGAAAUGAACCUCCGGAGUGUCUCCAACCGUGGCAGCCUCCAUUCACUCUGCGGGUCAGCGGCGGGGUAUCCGAGAGGUGCGUUCGCCUUGCCUUUUGUUCGGAGUUAGUGUGUAAAGAAAGUGGCGUGUGCAGUGUUGUUCACAGUGCACGGAAAAUGUGUCUGUAUGUGCGUGUGAGUGUGUGCGGUGCAACAGUGUAGGCUGUGCUUCUCCUUGUUUUCACUUGUUUUGAGCUUUGAAGGGGGGGUACCUGCGCAAAGAGCCAUCCGGCUCGUCUCUUACGCUUUUUCUGGCGCUCCCUUCCCUCCAAACCACCGACAAUUCUUUCGUUGUUACCCGUUUUGUUAUUCCUUUACGCGGGACUGCAGAGGAAAAUUGCCCGGAGUGGGAAAAAAAACAAAAAAACUGCGACAUUGCCGUGGUGCGGCAUGCAUUGGCAUGCAUGUGUGUUUUGCUUGGACAAUACGGUUAGACCAGCUGUGUAUUGGAAAGGAUGUGUGGUUUAGCUUAGGGGAAGGCAGUUUGCAGCGCCAGUGUAACCACCUGCAAGUGCCACUUGUGUUUUUCGUUUUACCCAUUGGUUACUCUUGGUCCCCUCCCUUUUCUGCAUCGAUUUCUCUCUCUGGCUUCUUGUGUGUCUGGCCACGAAGUUGAGGAGGAUGGAUGUGUGUAAACAUUAUACAUAUGUGCAAGUUGUACAUACGAGCAGUGUGGCGGGGCAGAGGAAGCAUUAAAGAACCAUGCAAUUUUCACACUGGGCGAAGGGCGCGCGUGUCUGCCGCAUGCAUGGAUGCACGUCUUUCUCUCUUCCUGACGUCUUUCGUUCUUUUUCUGCCCCCUUCCCCCCCCCCCUUUUUUUUCCCCCCGGAUCACCAAUCACACAGUCAUUAAAAUAUGUAUAUAUAUAUAAAAUGCUAUAUAAAGCCUUUAAAAAUCACACGAGUUCAUUCCCCUGUGACUGGUGGCAAUUUGUCGGAGAAUAUGAAUUAAUAUAUAUUACACAUAUAUAUUCAUAUACAUACUAUACAUAACACAAAACGCGAGACGUUUCUUUGAUUACUCGUCCGGAGUUAUUUGCUAGCUUGACAGCUUUUGUUUGUUUCUUUUUUUGGAAAAGUUUUGGUUGGUUGUUUUACGGGAGUUCACAGUUAUAUAGCGCGUCCUACCACUGCAUGGAAGAAGCCGGUGUUUUGGCUAGAGUUGUCGGAUGUCUUUAGAAUCAAUACCCCUCUAACGGCCAUCGGUCUAAUUCUCGAGAACCGGGGAGGCAGAACUGCGUUUGAAGCUCUGCCGGAAUACACUUUUCGUUUUUCUCCGGAGAGGCGCUACACAGUGUUACAUACAUGCGAAUAAAGUAAGCACUUGAAAAGGAAAAAAAAAGAAAAGGUAAAACCUUGCCAGAUUUUUAAACCCAGCUUGCAUGAACUGCUUCGAGUCAGUUUUCAAAUACGCGUGAUUCCACCAAUCCCCGGAAGCUAAAACGCAUACACUCGUAGACCUUUCUCUGAAAACUUUCCUACUUUUUUUUCCUCCUUUCUCUGACCCUCGAAAGCUUUUUGCCCUGGUUUUUUUCUCGUAAGAUAUAUAUAUACAAAGAACUUUUACGCUACAAUAUACAGUUUCAGGCGUUUAAUAACCCAUCUGUUGUGCAAUUGUUGUACACACAAAAAAAAAAAAUGGAUUGUAUCUGUUGUAAAAAAAAAAAAAAAAAUUGUGUUGAAUAAAAAUCAAAAAUGCCUACUCCAA